ACAGACAACGGCACUCCCAGUAAAGGCAGUCGGUCCUCCAGCACCUCCUCUCCUCCAGUCUCCUCCUCGAUCAGCUUAUCGACCUGGGCCGCCUCCUGGAGGGCAGCAGCGAACCUGGACAGAGGAUGUUUCUGACUCAGAUACUGCUGAUGCCUCCACAACAUCCUCACAUACAGACUGGUGACCUGUCCAGGUGACUGCUGCCUUCACCCUAAGUGGCCUGAGAUAGACUCCAGCCCUCGCACGACCCUAAUGAGGAUUAAACGGAGGGACCUAAUUUCGCAGCCAGUUUUGGGACUGGGAGAUGGCCGGGAACUAUCACUGGGAUGAGAGACUUCACACCAGCUUAUCAGAAGCCACUCUAAAGGCAACUACAAAGUCAUCAGAGGAGGGUAACGUGGAGGAGAAUCUGGCUCUACGAGGUGAAAAAGUAACCCAGAGAGGACUCAGAAAGGCUGCAGCGCCAGUGAGGCAGCUCCGUGCGCACUGGAAGCCCGGGAUUCAAUUGGUGGAACCAGGAGGGGAGCCCCGGCCUUCUUCCACCGCAGGGGGAGCAGAGUCGGAGGAAACCGAGAGAGAGAAGCCGCUAAGACGACAGUAGCAGCAGCAGCAGCAGCAACCUGCGCAGUGUGGAGAGAGAACGGCCUCCUCUGCUGCACGGCAUGAGGGACUUCACCAAACUGCGCACUGACUCUGCAGGAUGCGCCUCUGCAGCUGCGUAGUUCGCUGAAGACGAGACAAACGGGCACAAGCGAGGCUCUGACAGCAGGAACUGGGGUUGCUGACCACAGCUGCAACAUUUGGUUCCCUCUUUAUCAUCGCUGCCCUCCGGAGAGCCCCGCCGUGGCCUUGUAGCGGACAUGGGAAAUGUAAACAGUAGUCGGGCUGGAUUUUAAACUACGCACACGUCCCACGUUCUCCUCCUCCCGCCUCCUCCUUCUCCUCCUCCUCCUUCUCCCGGGCCGUCCGAGAUGGAGACGGAGAGGGUCGAGCCGGAGCAGGAGGGAGAGGCAGAGCCGCCCAUGCACAGCGUCCACGGAACCAACCGGAUCAGACCGUCCUCGUACCGGGCCCUGCGCAGCGCCGUGUCCAGCCUGGCGCGCCUAGAUGACUUCAUCUGCGAGAAGAUCGGCGCCGGGUUCUUCUCCGAGGUGUUCAAGGUGCAGCAUCGUGUGUCAGGCCAGGUGAUGGCUCUGAAGAUGAACAUCAUGGCCAGUAACAGAGCCAACAUGCUCAGGGAGGUCCAGCUCAUGAACAGACUAUCACACCCGAAUAUACUCAGGUUUAUAGGAGUGUGUGUCCAUGAGGGGCAGCUCCACGCUCUCACAGAGUACAUCAAUGGCGGUAACUUGGAGCAGCUGUUGGGCAGUGACGUCUACCUGUCGUGGAGUGUGCGGCUCAGCCUGGCUCUGGACAUCGCCCAGGGACUCAAGUACCUGCACAGCAAGGGCAUCUUCCACAGGGACCUCACCUCCAAGAACUGCCUGGUGCGCUGGGAGGGCAGCAUUUGCUCCGCCGUGGUGGGAGACUUUGGUCUGGCAGAGAAAAUCCCAGAUUACAGUGAGGAGGAAGACCAGAAGCCGCUGGCCGUCGUCGGCUCCCCCUACUGGAUGGCUCCGGAGGUGCUGCGAGGAGAGGUGUAUAAUGAGAAGGUGGAUGUGUUUGCAUACGGGAUCAUCUUGUGUGAGAUUAUUGCGAGGAUACAGGCUGAUCCUGACAUCCUGCCACGCACUGAGGACUUCGGUCUGGAUGUGGAGACCUUCCAGCAGAUGGUGGGAGAUUGUCCUUCUGACUUCCUGGAACUGGCCAUCGCUUGCUGUAAUAUGAAUGCAAAGCUCCGUCCAUCUUUCUCCCAAAUCGUAGCAGAGCUGGAGAGGAAACAAGCUGAGAGGAAACAGAAGGAUGAACCAACAUUUAAAGCUGUUUCUCCAGCUAUCGGGCCCCUGCGAAGGCGAUCCUUCUGCCUCUUGACAGAUCCUCGCCUCUCCCGCAGCAAAUCUGACAUGCUCCAUCCUCCAGACUCUUCACCUUCUGUUACCUUGGCACCGCCUGCUCGGGUCAACCCCUUCUCCCAGAGGGAGGACCUCAAAGGGGGAAAAAUAAAGCUGUUUGACACUCCAAGCAAGUCGGUCAUCUCCCUGACCUUCACGCUGCCUCCUCCGCCAGACUGCGAUGACGCCUCGGCAUCCGAUGCUGAUGCCGCCGACGUGCCCAGGAGACACCGGCGCUGCCACUCGCUGCCCUGCACGCCUCCUCCACACCUCACAACAGCACCCAACACUGUCCUCACCGAGGAGGACUCACAGUCUGAGGUGGACACCGUACACAACGACAUGAACGGAGCGAGUGAGGAGGCGAGUCUUCUGGGGGAGAAGGAGGCUCAGCAGGGAGAGGAUUCAGGUCUUCCUCCGUCUCUGGAGCCGCUGUUGCUGGACCAAGAGAAGGAGCAGGAGGAGGAGCCUAUGGACUGUACCAGCUCCCCCGAUACACAAGACAGCAUGUCCUCACCUUCUAAACUCUCCCCUCCUCCCUCUCACUCCUCCACUCCCCUCCAACCCUCCAACCCUGCCCCUUCUAACGGCUGGGGUUCAGCCAUUUCUAACGGGCCUCCCUGCCUGCCGCCCCUCUCCAAUUUGGACAACAAUAAUGUGGUGGUGAGUCGUCCCCUGGGCUGGAGUGCUGCCACCAGCGCUCCCACCACGACCAACAACAACGGCUACCACUCCACCCCCAGCGACCCCGCCGGCUCCUCCCCGUUCGGCUCCGGCAGCGGACACUCUCUGGACCAGGAGGAGGUGAUCUCCUGCCCCGGCUGCUGCCUGGCUGGCUUUCGCUUCCCCUCUAUGUGUCUGAGAGCUCCACCGCGCAGAAACCCCUACAAGAACUUGAACGGGGACCACGCAGCCUCCCACGGGCUGCUCUGUUCGGGAACCAAGGGCCUGCCGCCCUCACCCACCCCCACGACCACCACCACCAGCCUGGAGCCGGGACUUGCGUUGCCAGGAGCUCAGACAUAAACCCCAACGGCUCCUGAACACCAAAAACACGCAGAGCAGACGUGGUCCUGGUCGUCUUCCCUGGAAAUGAUGCGGGUCCUCUUAAGAUUUGCACAGAUUUUAACGCAGCAAUACCCUCUGAUUUUCCAGACACAUGUUUUUUGGUGCACAGGAGGCUCUGAGUGUUGGUUUACUAAAAUACUUUGACUUUCUCCAUGAGGGCUGUGGGACUAGAACUGUGCUGGUGAAUUGACUCGUGUCGCCCUCUGCUGGACUGAGGGCGUCACUGUGCCUGUAUAGAUCCGACUGAUGAUCGGCAGCGUCCAGAACUGAUCAGCAUGUAAACACUCCAGUUUGAGGCCCGGUCGGUUAGGUCCUGUAUAUUUGCGGUUGUAAAGAUUCUUAUGACUGAUGAUGAUGAUGCUGAAAUGAGGAAUGUUAAGCUUAGUAUUAAAACUGUUGCAAUGAUUUUUUGAUGUUUGGUGCUGAAUGAACAGGCAGUUUUGCUUUAAUGUCUUUAAUUAUCGAGAGGUGUAUGGUGCACUGCUGAGGUGUGUGUGUUUAAUGUGUGAGUGUGUGAGAGGCUGAGUGUGUGUGUGUGUGUGUGUGUGUCAGAGAGAGUGUGCUGUACACUGUUCUUAAGACUAUUUCUGUUGCUGUAUGAUCUCUGUUGACCUUCUGGUUGCCUGGUUAAGCACUUCAACUGUAUUACUGUUAAUAAGGAAACUGUUUAUCAUUAUAUUUGGGAAUGAAUGGUCAAAGACCUGCUUAAGAGAUGUACAGAUUCUUAUUAUUUAAAGAGGCAUUGAAUAAAAAGAUAGAAUGAACCGA